AUGGAUCAAGCCACAGGCCCGAGGCAAAUUGUUCUAUGCUUUGAUGGUACCGGAUACGAAUUUCGCGGAGAUGACACCGAUAGUAAUGUCCUCAAGAUAUACCGAAUGCUUGAUCGCAAUGACAAAAACCACCUGCAUUAUUAUCAACCUGGAAUUGGGAUGGAUACUGGCUUCAUUUUUGUAUCCAACGAAGCCAACGCUAAUCCCAAUCCCAUCAAGAGAUGGUAUACAAAAGCAAAAGACGCUGCCUUCGGGUCUACCUUUGCUGAACAUGUCAUGGCUGGUUAUAAAUAUCUCAUGAGCUGUUACACCCCUGGAGACAGAAUCUACUUCAUUGGCUUUAGUCGCGGCGCGUAUGUCGCGCGCUUACUUGCUGAAAUGCUCGACCACAUUGGCCUAUUAGAAGCAGGGAAUGAAGGGAAAGUUCGUUUUCUCUGGUCUAUCUAUUCCAAGUGGGGAGAAAGCCAUUAUAGCAGGGAGACUAGCCAGAAAGAGAAAGAUGAUGUCUUCCAGUAUAUGAAGGCAUUGCGAGAGACAUUUUGUCGCCCAGUAACGCAAAUCGACUUUCUAGGUUUGUUUGACACAGUCAACAGCAUCCCGCACUUUGAGAUGAGUCGAAACCGAUUUCUAUACCCUUUUUCGACGAGAACUACUGCCAAAACUAUCCGCCACGCAGUCAGUAUUGACGAGCAUCGCGCUAAGUUUCGACAAGACUUGAUGGCAAAUUCUAAUCCGAUCUCUGCUCGAGCUGCUCGAGCGAGAUUGUAUAGUCGUCAGGCCCGGCGUAUACGCUCCGCCAGUCGUCAAGAUAGCUUUAAUGAGCAGGGUUUUGCGAAAGAGCGAAGGCCCACUUUGGACGAUCUUUCUCUGCAGAGCCCUUCCCCGCAAGAUAGGUUCUAUCGGCCUCCACCUCGUUCCCACCGGCAGUCAAGAAAUGAAAAAGACUGUUCAUUCCCAGAUCUCAUCCUCGAUGCCACCUCUUAUGGAGAGUACAAAGAUAAAGGUCAGAGCGUUGAAGAAGUAUGGUUUCCUGGAUGUCACGCCGAUAUUGGGGGGGGGUUGAGAUUCAGCAAAAAAGAAGACUGGGCGCUAAGCCAUGUUCCAUUGGUGUGGAUGGUUACUGAAGCACAACGCGCAGGGCUCAAGUUCGAUCCUGAAAAACUGAAACAAUUCUGGUGCUUUGAUGAGUCAAUUGACGGUAAUGUUCGACAAGAUUCAGGUAAUAGAGUUGCCAGCCAAGAAAAAUUGGAAAUGAGUGGAAAGACAGAUGAAAGAUCUGAAUUUGAGCACGCACUUUGGAAGUCAAGCACGAAUGGUGAAAUCCAUGAUUGUUUGCGAUAUCAUGAUGGUGCCAAAUGGCCUGCUGUUUUAUCCUGGAAAUUGCUAGAGUAUUUUCCACUCCGGAGAAUGCAUUUGCAAAAGGACCAAUCCUGGAGACCAAUUCGAUGGCCGUUGCCUCUGGGGGAAGCGCGGGAUAUUCCUGAGGAUGCCACGAUUCAUGUCUCUGCACUUCGCCGUUUGAAGUCGAACUCCAAGUAUCAACCACGAAACCUAAAACGGGGAGAAAAGACAGCGAAAAGAAACGAGAAAGGCUCUGCUUUAGCCGAUGAAACCAAGGAGUGGGAAGUGCACGCCCAUCGUGACUGCCCAGUGCGAGAAUCAUAUCGUCGCAGCAAAAUGAAAACGAUAUUCGAUCCCUGA